AUGAUAAACACAAUAUUCUACUCACUGCCUGAACUCUCACCACUUGCAUCUCCGGUGAUUCAAGAUCGACGGUCUGUCCUCAACUUCGCACUCACCUGCCGUGCAUUUCGCGCUCCAGCACUCAAUGUGCUUUAUUCCCACCUAAAUGAAAUUGGGCCUCUUAUUAAGGCCCUGCCUGAUGAACUGGUUCAUUUGCGCGAACCUUCCCCGGUGACACCAGAACAGUUCCACUCGUUGGUCCCCUACGCUACACGCGUCAAGAUCCUCUCCAAGUCUUAUGGUCACGAUGACACUGCGUAUGAACUUCUCGUUGCAAGUGCGCCUAAAGAUACUCUACUCUUUCCCAAGCUGCGCUCGCUCACAUGGUGGGAUUGCUGUCUCACAUCCAUCCCAGCCCUCAGGCUCUUCCUAUCCACUCUCGAGUCCCUUUCCCUUCACCUCUCAGACACUUCAUUUCUCAAGGCCAUCAUCCCUGACCUCCACAUCACCGCCCCUUACCUCAAAGCCCUUGCCUUCGUAGGCUUCGUUGAAACAACCGAGGACAGCCCCUCGGAAAUCGAGUCGCUCCUGCUCAGCUAUUCUGAGGGUCUUACAAAGUUUUCAUUCACAUGCUACGAUAUCCCAAGCCACUUGCUCGAUGUUAUCGCUGCAUGGCCACGUCUCCGAUGGCUCACCCUCGAGCUGAGUUACGAAAGCAUCCCCCCUGUACCUCUCCAUAUACCUCAGCCCUUUCAGGCACUCAAUCACUUGCAUAUCUCAUGCGAUGAUCUGGGCCUUUUCAUGUCUUUCCUCCGCGCAUUCCGAAUACUCCGGAUGGAUUCUGAUACGUGUUCCUUUGGAUCUCCCAACCUCAAAACAAUUCAGAUAAACGCACUAGGCUGUAGCUCAGCCAACAUCUGGUCUGAACUCCUCAUCCUUCUCACCCGCAUAACGCUAGAGCAUAUCAUUGUCACCGAUGGGUGUCGCGAUCAGCACACCGAGCUGCACUGCCACAUAGAAGUCUCAGCCUUUGAGUUCUGCUCCCUCCUCACGCAUCCUACCGCCCUCGUAGACCUCAGGACACUUGUCCUCUCUCCCAACCACGCUUCGUCCAUUGCACUCAACAACGCGGAUAUCCUCACGCUUGCUCGUACAUGCCCGUACCUCGAAAUCCUUGACCUAGGGAUGUCCAACACGUCUGUAUCCCUCUGUACUCUAGGCGUCCUUGUGAGGCGCUGCCGCGAGUUACGCAAGGUCUUCCUUUGUGUGGACGCGCGGCUCGAUUCCCUCGCAAUAACGCUUCCGAAUAACGAUGAUGACAAUGAUCAAGUGUGUUUGCAACCCAACACGCGGUUGUACACACUGGAUAUUGGGGACUCGCCCAUUGCGUGCGAGGGUCCCUUAGACCCACCAACUGCACCAGACCUAAUGAGGUCGAUCCCACGGUUCCUGCACUCGAUGGCGCCAGGGCUUCAGGCCAUCGUGACUACAAGUGGGAUGGGCCGGGCCGGCCGGUACAAGUCGGAGUGUGGGGAAUAUGAACGGAGAUGGGAGGUGGUAUCAGACGCUUUGGCGGCAAUGGCAAAAGAUGCGAACUAUAAAGUCGAGGGUAAUGACAUGUUUUAUUUUCGUGGGCUGUGUUAGAUGGUUGAAUGGGGUUUGAGAUUGUGUCGGCUCACCAGGUGUGUGCGCGAGGGGAUGCAGUUUUGGUUUAAGAUUGAGAUGAUUGUAGUAUUUCACGGGUAACAAAAGCUACACACAUCUUGUCGUACUCGCUUGCUGUUCUUUGCGUAUACUACUAGUACUUUUCAAAUGUCCAUGCCUUCGAU